AUGACACUUCUAUUUGAUACCAAAGUAGAAUUUUUGGAUUCAGAUGCAGUGGGUACCAUAGGUUCAUGGCAUUUUCGUGAACCCAUAUUUGCGGUGGCUUCCUAUAGCCAAGAACGUGGUGGUUCGGUGACAGUAUUUACGGACACAGGAGAACCUCAGCGGGAUGUUACCUAUCCCAUGCAUCCUACAUCACAGUGUACCGCUAUGGCCUGGCAUCCGGAAAGAAUUCUGCUUGUGAGUUGCUGGGAAAAUGGUGAUAUUCAUGUGUGGUUUAAUGGCCAUCGUGAAUUUGCCUCGGUUAGUGGUCCCCAUAAGGCAGCCAUCAUAUUAAUUGAAUUCAGCGAGCAGGGCGGUCGCAUGGUUACAGCCGAUACCAUGGGUUUACUUACCGGUUGGCGCUGUGAUGGCCAAUAUCAGUUCCUUACUAUGUUCUCCCACGAUUUGCGUGAUGUACUUUCCCUUAUCACUUUUCGGCGUACCAUUUGCAGUGAGCUACGCGAGGAAAUGGUGAAUUUGGCAAAGGCUGCUGUUGCCGGAGACGAGACGGCUUUGGACACCCUGACAAAUUGGAGGCCUCGCACUGCUGUACGCACAGCAACACAUAACGAUAUAAAGGACAAUUAUUGUUUCUUCGUCUGUACCCAGGUGGGUCAUAUGUACUAUAUAAAUCAGGGAGGUACAUGCACCGAAGUUUUGGCAAAUAGUACGGUUUCGAUAACACAAAUGUUGUGGCAUCCCAAAAAGGAUGCCGUUAUAUGCUUAACAGAGGAUAUGUCUGUCAUAUUGUAUUUGGUUGAGUCAACGGGAAUUUUAACAGAAUUAGAUCGCGUUAAGUUGAGCUGUAAACUAACCGGAAAGAAAGGCGCCAUAACAUGGGUUGGUUCUACAUUGGCCAUAAUAACGGGUGAUCUAUCUGUGCGCAUCUGGGAUAUUGAAAAAAGUGAUAAUUAUUUGCUAAAAAUGGAUUUGCCAAGCGCCACCACAUCAUCCGUUUUGGAAUAUCAAUCCUCCGCCUCGAAUUUCUUCAGUCAGGAUAGUACAGAAAAUAAUUCAAUGUCUAAUCAUUUGAGUGGCACGGGGCGCCUUUUGAAAAAUGCCCAAAAUUCCAAUGAACAUUUUACCUGCAUUACCUACAUUGGCGACAACCAAGCAUUGUGUGCUGGAACUAAUUUGGGCAAUUUGUAUACGUGGAAACGUAAUGUGGGCUAUAAGGCGGCUGCUCCCGAAGAUAUGUGGAAAUUGACCAACGUUUCCUAUGUAAGAGGUUGCAUUAAACAAUGCCUCUGGGGAUUUAAUGAGUUAGCCAAACCCUGCCUCUUGGUUAAUUGUGUCUCCAAUGUCUAUGUUAUGAAGGAACAACCACUCAUCUCAUUUCAUACCCGCGACUUAUGGGCAGUUCAACAAAGUGCCCGUAAUAUUUUCGUAGAACACAUUGAUCACAGAAGCUGUACGGUUCAAGCUGACUUCAGUGUUACCUCCAUAGCCUUGGACCACUCCAACAUUGUCCUGAGCAAUGGUCGUAGCAUUUCCACCUAUGCCAUUGACAAGGACAUGGAGCGUUUGGCAGAUGUGGGAAAUGCCAUUGAGACAUCUUCAAGUGAUAGUGUAAAAAGUGAAAAACCCCCCAAUCAACUCAUUGUGAAAUUUCUGCAAACUUUCAAUGCCGAAUGUUUAGCCUUGGGGCUACGCCAUCAAAACGUAUUUUGUUUGACCACCAUAGAUGUAACCAUAUUUUCAAUUGGUGGCGUAGUCCUGCACAAGAUCAUGUCAAGCAGCACAGAAGGCAAGAUAAUUGGUAUGGAUGUUAGCGGCUCAUAUUUAUCCAUAUUUACUAUGAAUGGCUACAUCAGAUCCUAUGAUGUGUCAAGACAUGAUCCCAAACUUUUGUUCCCUGCCAAAUCAGCCUAUGAUCUAUUUGAAGAUUUUGGAGAGGUUAUCUUAGUGAAGUGCAACUCGGCAGGAACGCAUUUGUCUCUGAUUAUAGCCAAUCGAAGUUUUCUACCCAAAUCCAUUCUGUAUUGUUGGGACUUUGAAAAGAAUCUCUUGAUGGAGUGCGAUUUAAGGAGUGCGGAAAAUUCGCUACCAGAUUCUUGUAUGCCUGUCUCCUUAUGGUGGGAUGCCGAAGAGCCCCGACUCUUGGCUAUAGAAAUCAAAUCAAUGAGAGAACAGCCAGCCAACGACAAAGCAAUGACAUCUGGACAUCGCAAUAAGGCCAAUGAGGGUAAUUUCAUAGAAACAAAUGUCUGGAUAUUUUUCUACUCGGAAGAUAAUAAACUUAAUGUAUUGGAAAAGAAGCUAUUGGCACCUGGUGAACAACUGCUGAAUAUUUGCAUACCAAAUCUGAUUACUCUUGACAUAAACUUGGUACGUCAGACACCGUUACACGACUUUAGCGAUCUCCAGGAUAGUGACAGUACGAUACGAAAAAUGGUUUUAAACUUUAGCAUGCAUGUGGCAGAGGGAAAUAUGGAUCUUGCCUAUCGCAGCAUCAGAUCGAUACAGUCAAAAGCAGUUUGGUCUAAUUUGGCAAAAAUGUGCAUUACAACGCAACGCUUGGAUGUGGCAAAGGUGUGUUUGGGACAUUUGGGUAAGGCUCGUUCAGUGCGUGCCGUACGUCAGGCUAUGGAAGACGAUGACCUAGAGGAUGAAGCCAAAACUGCGAUGCUGGCAAUUGAAUUGAAUAUGCCGGAAAAGGCUCAGGAAUUAUUUGAACAAUGCGGCCGUUAUGAUUUACUUAAUAAACAUUUGCGUUCAACUGGUAAAAUUGAUGAUGCUCUAGGAGUUGCUGAAACUCAUGACCGAAUACAUUUGAAAAAUACCUACUACCAAAAGGCUCAGGAAUUAGUGGAACGCGGUGAUAUUGCGGGAGCUUUGGAAUGUUUCGAGAAAACACAGAAUCCUGUACAAAAUAUAACACGUUUACUUUUGGAGAAUCCAACAGCAAUGAAGCGCUACAUGCAAAAUACCAACGAUCCGAAAAUGUUGAAAUGGUGGGGUCAAUAUGUGGAGAGUGCCGGGGAUAUGGAUGGGGCUUUAACUAUAUAUCAGAAAGCAGAGGAUUGGUAUUCACAGGUUAAAAUUCUUUGCUAUUUAGGCAAAAUAUCUAAAGCAGAUGCCAUAGCUAGACAAUCGGGUGACCGAGCUGCCUGCUACCAUUUGGCCCGCCACUAUGAGAAUGUAGGCAAAUUUCAAGAUGCCAUUAUGUUCUAUACACGCGCCCAAACAUUCAGCAAUGCCAUACGCAUAUGCAAAGAAAACGACUUUCAAGAUGAACUGUGGGCCGUGGCUAGUUCUUCUAGAAAUCGUGACAAAGCCAUAGCUGCAGCAUAUUUCGAAGAAGUGGGUUCAUUUAAAAGAGCUGUAGAGUUAUAUCAUCGGGCCGGUAUGCUGCAUAAAGCUUUGGAUAUGGCCUUUGAAUCGGAACAGCCCGAUAUACUGGAAAUAAUUGCAUCUGAGCUAACACCUUCCUCGGAUCCCGAGUUAAUAGAUCGUUGUGCCGAAUUCUUUAUGGGUGUGGAACAACACCAGAAGGCUGCUCAUCUAUUGGCCAAAACAAAGCAAUUGACAAAGGCCAUCAACAUAUGCGUCGAAAAGGGUAUACCCAUAACGGAAGAUUUGGCCGAAAUGCUUACCCCCAAUAAAGGCGAGGUGGAUGAGGCAUCACGCAUUUACAUUUUAACUCAAUUGGGUGAGUUGCUUCAGCAACAAGGCGAUUAUCAUACGGCUACCAAAAAGUUCACCCAAGCUGGCGAUAAAGUAAGAGGCAUGAAGAGUCUGCUGAAAUCGGGAAAUACAGAGAAGAUUAUUUUCUUUGCCAAUAUGUCGCGUCAACAUGAAGUCUACAUAAUGGCUGCCAAUUAUUUGCAAGCUCUCAACUGGCAGGAUGAUAAUAACAUUUUGAAGCAUAUUGUAACAUUUUAUUCUAAAGGCCAAGCUUAUGAUUCUUUGGCAAAUUUUUAUGCGAUUUGUGCUCAAAUUGAAAUUGACGAAUAUCACAAUUAUGAAAAAGCACUGAAAGCUAUGCAAGAAGCUCUUACGUGUUUGGGCAAACUUGGCGGCCACAGUCAGCAAGCAAUGGCCAAUUUACAAAGAACCAUGGCUGAUGUCAAAAGUAUUUUGGAUAUACAAAACGCAUUGCAAACUGGUGACAAUCAAUUGGCUAUAUCUGGGUGUCGCAAUAUGUUGAUUAAACCGGAAAUGCCACCCAUCCGGCAAUCAGAUAUCAUAGCAAUGUUGGUGCGCGCUCUUACAUACACUAAACAAUACAACGAAGCGGCUAAAGCAUUGAAAGAGUUAUCUUUAAGAGACCCCGGGUGGUGCUCUUCCGGCGUAUUGGAUAAAUCGCUAGUGCAGAGAAUCGCUAAAGAGUGUAACUUAGACUUUGAUUUAAUUUGGAAACCAACGCAAACGUAUGCCAUUGAAAAUGGUGACGAUAGUGAUCAGGAGGAAAUACAAGAAGUAUUGCGUUAAAAAUAUGUAUUAAUAUUAAUAAAAUCAAAUGGAAAUAUUUUAA